CCGGUAUCACUACGUAAUGGAUCAAUUAGUGAUCGGUUGUGUGCGGCGUGUGGUGCUCGUUUGUGGAAAAUUCUUGCUCCGGAUACUCCGCUGGCUGAGCAUAUCGUACUGGAUUCCCGCACCGAGACCCGACCCACCUGAUGCGCUUAACAGCAGCAAAUGGGGUACUCAUCGGUACAUCAAAAUUCAUGACAUAAAGCUACACUACGUGGAGAAAGGAUCCAGUAGCAAACCGUUGAUGCUGUUCCUGCACGGUUUGCCUGAUUUCUGGUACAGCUGGCGUUAUCAGAUGCACGAGUUUUCCCAAGACUACUGGACCGUAGCACUCGAUCUUCCCGGUUUCGGUCGUUCAGAACCACCCAUCUACAGUAUCACGUACAAGGUAAACAAUCUGGCACGAAUCGUCUGUUCGCUCAUCAACGCCCUUGGGAAAUCAGAUUGCAUUCUGAUCGGUAACGGUGCUGGAGCAAUACUUGGUUGGCACCUUGUGAACCAGUUCCCCGAGAAGGUGUCCAAGUACGUGAUGCUCGGAGCACCCUCAGAAGCCGUACUGCAGCAGCUGUAUGAUCGUGGUGCGAUACCACUGGGAACGUUACUUAAAGCUGGAUUCCUUUCCUGCCGAGCAGACAUUCUAAAGUAUCUAGCUCGUGCUGACGAUUAUUCGUUGUUUGAUGAUCUGCUCGGUGCAAAUUCCAAACCACAAGACCUGGAAGCGUACAAGUACACGUUCGCUCAGCGAACCGCACUAGAGCGAGCGUUGCUAGCUUUUCGAGAGAACUUUGUCGACUUUUUCCUGGAGCAGUAUGAAUUCCGCGUACGCAAAUCGUCCAACACACCGGGACUGUUUCUGUUUGGUGAAAAGUUUUGCUCAAUCGAUCCGGAAGAAUACGUGCCCUUGCUCGUGCACAUGUAUCGUCCGUUGGAGACACGCUUCAUACCACGGGUGGGUCACUUUAUGCAUCAAGAUAAUCCUAAAAUGGUGAGCAAAAUUAUAUCCGAAUUUCUUCGAGAACACACGAAUCGACCUAAACGAUCGAUUGUGGACGCACCGGCAAGGCAAAUAUUGGUGAAGGACGUGUGUGAUAAUUGUUAUGGAAAGGAGCACAGCAAACCGGGAGUGGCGCACCAUGAUGAGUGCGCUAAUAAUUGUGACGGUCAGGAGCAUAGACAUAUUUUCACUAAAGUAAAAGUUCCUAUCAGUUCGUGA